CCCUGAACCCGAGCGGAAACGCGGAAGUGCAGCGGUGCGCCUGCAGCGAGCUCCGCGUCCGGAUCCUCCGCGCUCGUUCCGCGUCCGGAUCCUCCGCGCUCGUUCCGCGCUGCUGCUCGUGUCCGAGGCGCUCCUCAGGAUGGAGAGAAGGUCGCUGCGCGGAGCGGCGCUGGCUCUGCUCGUAGCUGCGGCCGUCGCACAGGUGAACGGAGUGGGGAAGGCCACCGGCGUGCAGGUGAGGCCGGGUCCAAAGCGGGUGCGUGCGUGUAUCUGGAGCGAAGUGGAGAUUCUGGGCUUUGACUGGAAGAACUGCGGGAAGGACGACGAUCCCGCUGUGAUGAAGAGCCUGACGCUGUCUCCAGAUCCAAUCCAGAUCCCAGGAGACCUGAACGCCUCUGCCUCUGGAUCCACAUCUGUGGAGCUGAAGGCUCCUCUGUGUGUGAACGUGACUCUGGAGAAGGAGGUGGCUGGUUUCUGGGUGAAGGUCCCCUGCGUGGAGCAAAUGGGCAGCUGUCACUACCCGAAUGUUUGUGACCUUCUGAACCAGCUGAUCCCCCCGGGUCAGAACUGUCCCGAACCGCUGCACACCUACGGGCUGCCCUGUCACUGCCCCUUCAAAGCUGGUUCAUACUUCCUUCCCCAGUCGGACUUCAGCCUGCCCAACAUGGACCUGCCGUACUGGCUCACCAACGGGAAGUACCGGGUCCAGGGGGUCCUGGGCUGCGAGCAGCAGGAGCUGGGCUGCCUUCUGCUGACUCUGGCCCUCCACUCCAGCUAAAAAGCUAAAGCCGAAGCAGAGCAGAGGUCAGAGGUCAGAGUUGGUUUAGUUUCACGAGUCAAGGGAACUGGACUAAACUUAACCUGAAAAGCUCAUUGUGCGUUUAAACAUGCAAAUAUCACACGUGCAUUUGUGUAAUUCAGAUCCUCAAACUGUCUUUGUUUCACAUGAAAUGAAAGGCAUUGUUGGGUUUUAACAGAAGAAGCCAAAGCCCAGAGGGAACCGAUCCUCCCACCAGCAGCGGUGCUCCUGCAUGAGCCCAUCCAACACAAUAUUCCCACUCCUUCACCCCAUGAGCUUGUGAUUGACUCGGGGCUCGGUGCCAUAAGUGUUGGGAGAGCAUCAAGAUGAGUUGAGAUUUCAACCUAACACUCAUCACUGAGUCAUUGAUGCUGAUGAUCAGUGGCCUCCUCUAAACAGGAAACCUUCAGGUCUGUUCUGCUUUUAAUUAGUCAAACUGGAUCACUCUGACUCAGGGUCAGUGUCUCAUGGGAUUUGAAUUACAUGUUAGAUAUCAUCGUUUUCUCUGUGAACAAACGCAUCAGCCACUUUGUGUCUGCCUUUGUAAUGAAAUGCUGAUUGUAACGUCUGUCUUCACAUCUGUAUGUUUUAAGGAUGUAGAUUUUACUGGUUGUGUGUUCAUCUUUUUUAAGUCGACUGGCUGGAACCUUGUUUAACUCACUUUCUUUUGAUCAUUUUGUUUACUCCAUUUGUUGAUUUUUACUUAAGUGCCUAAUUAGAUAUUUGAGUUGUGUUCAUGUAUUUACACACACUGCAAUAAAAUGAACAAGACAAGCAAAUAAAUCAGUGGAAGCUCA